AUGACAAUCGAUAGUAUAUUGGAAGCAUCAAUGAAUUCAUUGUUAUCAAAUGAUAAUGAAAAGGAUUUUGAACAAUGGAAAAAUACAAUGUCAAUUGAAGUUCGAAUACCUGGUGGGUUAUCUUCAGAAACUCGACAAAACUUAUGGAUUACCUUAGCAAAAAAAUAUAUACAUGAUAUACAUCUCGAUUGGGAUAAAACUCGACAAUUUGCAUUUAAUAAUGAAUCCUAUCCCGAAGAUGAACAAUUAAAUAAUCAAAUUGUUAAAGAUUUACAUCGAACAGGUUGUAAUUGGUCAACAAAUGAACAUAAUCGAACAAUACUUAAACGUGUUUUACUUGCAUUUGCUCGUUAUAAUAAAUCAAUCGGCUAUUGUCAAGGUCUUCAUAUUUUGACAUCUGUUAUACUUGAUGUUGUUAAUAUGAACGAAGAAAAUGCAUUAAUGAUAUUAAUUUAUUUAAUAGAUUCAAUAUUACCAGAUUUUUUUUCUAAUAAUUUACAUGCAUUAGCAAUUGAUAUGACUGUAUUUGAUCAAUGGUUAAAAAUAUAUAAUCCACAAUUACAUUUACAUCUAAAAAAUCUUCAAUCAUCAUCAACGUCGUGUGAUGAUGAUGAAGGAGGAAAUUAUGAACCACCUCUAUUAAAUGUUUUUACGAUACAAUGGUUUCUCACAUUAUUUGUUACGUGUUUACCAAGACAGGCAACAUUACGUGUUUGGGAUGCAUUAAUGAUUGAAGGCAGUGAAGUACUUUUCCGUACUGGACUUCUUCUAUGGUCAAAAUUAUCAAUUGCUGUUUUAAAAGUACCAACAGCUGAUCAAUUUUAUUCAGCUAUGGGUCAUUUAUCUGUUCAAUUAUUAGAUGAAAAAAUUAUUGUUGCUGAUAAUUUAAUACAAGAAAUAUAUAAUCUUGGUCCAUUUCCAACACCAUUCUUAUCGGAACUCCGUCAGAAAUAUUCAUUUCAACAAACAUCUGAAAAUAUCAAACAAAAUCAAUCAAAAUCAAAAGAUCUUAAACGAAUAAAAACAAAAUUAGUUGACGAAGAUAUUGUUAAUUUUAUAUCUUGUUUUGCAAUACUUUCGUCACCAUCAUCAUCAUCAUCACGAACUAAUCGAUUUGAAUCAAUAUCGAAUAAAUCAAAUUCUCCGGAUGUAAAUCAACUACGACAACAAUAUAAAAAACUUAAACAACGAAAUAAAGAAGUACAGAUUAUUACUCAAUCUUCAAAUACACAACGACAAAGUCCAUCGGAAUCUUUAUGUUCGAUAUCGAAUGGACCCUUGGUAAAUCAUUUACUUGUUAAAUCAACAGAUAUAAAACGAAAUCAAGUCAAAAAAAAUGUUUCCACUAAAUCCUCAACAAAAGAAGAUCCAGAAGAAUUACAAGAAGAAAUUGAACAAUUAUUAACAUGUCUUCAUCCUGAAAAACCACCACCAACAGCAAUUUGUAAAGCUAUACAAAAGAAACCAUCAUCAGAUAAUUAUAUCGAUCGUCUUGUUACAUCUCGAUCUGUACAAAUACCUAAAUAUUCAUCAUUUAACCCAUUUCCAUCUCGAUCAUAUAAUGAAAAUGUAGCAAUGAAUGGAUAUAGACUUGGACUAUAUUCACCUAUUGUCACAAGUCGAUAA